AAUUUUGAGAAUUCAAAACCAAGAAAGAGAAAGUCACUCCAGAGAUUUACAUCUGAAAAUAAAAUAUUUGAAGAAAAAGCUGUGAAUGACACAAUCUGUCAGGAACCCAGCAAGCUUGAGAAUGACUCCCACAUCAGAAGGCCCUGUCAGCUAAAAGAUCUAAAUGAAGAUGGCUUUUUUUUGAGUAAUAACAUACAUACUCUUCCAGGAAAAAAACUAGAAGGAACUUCCUAUCAGGUAAUUAUGACCUCUGAAUGUUGGAGUCCGUCUCACUAUCAAAGAUAUAUUAAGCCUACUAAUGAUGAAAUGGCCGUAAAAUCAGGUGGUGACCCAGUGGAAUCAGUGGGGACAUUAAAGCGACUACAGAAACUGGUUUGGACCAAGAAAGGCAGGGUGCCGAGUCUGGAUGAGGUGAAACCUACCCUAAUAAAUCUCCAAGAUGAAGAUGACACGCUGAUUUCCUGUUUGAAAUUAACCAAAUCCCAGGAAAAGAAAGUUAGUAAUAUUAAUACAAGAAUGAAAGAAGAAAUGGAGGUUAGACUGGAUUCUUUUUCUGCAUCAGCGGGUAGAUCCAGGUCUUCAAAUGGGUGCAACUUGGAUGGUGUGUUAUCCCACUAUGAAGAUGAAGUUCAGAUGUGGCACAGCUGGAAACCUUUUCCAGAAAACCUGCUCUGGACACGUGUUGAUUUCCAAAUUUCUCGUGUUGGACCCUGGAGCAACUGCUCCUCCUGUACUCACUACCCAUAUCUCAAGUCUUCUUACACAGAUAUGGAUCUCCUACGUUCAUGGGUGUCCAGUAACAGACUUGGAACUGGUGGAACUGCCCAACAUUAA